AUGGCUUCUUCUGCUCUGUCGCUAACCUCUGCUUUCGUCAAUCCUCGCUCGUUGUCGGAUAAUCUCAAGGCGAAUCGAAAGCUUGGGGCUUCCAAUCAUUUUCUGGGAAAAGAUUAUGUCAAGGCAAAGCCCUUUACCAGCACACGCAUGAGUUUAGCAGUCGAGGUUUCCAGAUUCAAUGAAAUAACAAUGGCUCCUCCCGACCCCAUUCUUGGUGUUUCUGAAGCAUUUAAAGCGGAUACGAAUGAAAUGAAGCUUAACCUUGGUGUUGGUGCCUAUCGUACUGAAGAACUUCAACCCUAUGUUCUCAAUGUUGUUAAGAAAGCUGAAAAUCUCAUGCUGGAACGCGGGGAAAAUAAAGAGUAUCUGCCAAUCGAAGGUUUGGCUGCAUUUAACAAAGUUACAGCAGAACUAUUAUUUGGAGCAGACAAUGUUGUUAUUAAGGAAGAAAGGGUUGCCACUGUCCAGGGUCUUUCAGGAACUGGGUCUCUGAGGCUUGCUGCAGCCCUCAUAGAGAGAUAUUUUCCUGGUUCCAAAGUUCUAUUGUCAUCUCCAACAUGGGGAAACCACAAAAAUAUUUUCAAUGAUGCCAGAGUUCCAUGGUCUGAGUAUCGAUAUUAUGAUCCCAAAACUGUUGGCUUGGAUUUUGAAGGGAUGAUAGCUGACAUAAAGGCGGCUCCAAAUGGAUCAUUUGUGCUACUUCACGGUUGUGCGCAUAACCCAACUGGCAUUGACCCCACUCCAGAACAGUGGGAAGGAAUUGCUGAUGUCAUUCAGGAAAAGGGCCACAUUCCAUUUUUUGAUGUCGCUUAUCAGGGUUUUGCAAGCGGGAGCCUCGAUGAAGAUGCGUCCUCAGUGAGGUUGUUUGCUGCACGUGGCAUGGAGCUUCUGAUUGCUCAGUCUUACAGUAAAAAUUUGGGUCUCUAUGCGGAAAGGAUUGGAGCAAUUAACGUUGUAUGUUCAACGUCUGAUGUUGCAAAAAGGGCUUUUAAAGCUCAUGGCGAGACGAACAAAAUGAGGUAUGGUUUGUCGAUUUCUGAAAAUCGAUACCUCUCAUAUAUANCUAAGAUAGUCGCGAAUGUAGUGGGGAACUCUGUUCUCUUCAAUGAGUGGAAAGAGGAGAUGGAGAUGAUGGCUGGAAGAAUAAAGAAUGUCCGCCAGAAAUUAUACGAUAGCCUAAGUGCAAAGGACAAAACCGGCAAAGACUGGUCCUUUAUUCUUAAACAAAUUGGAAUGUUCUCGUUCACAGGCUUGAACAAAGCUCAGAGCGAGAACAUGAGUAACAAGUGGCACGUCUACAUGACAAAGGACGGAAGAAUAUCGUUGGCCGGUUUAUCUUUGGCAAAGUGCGAAUAUCUUGCCGAUGCUAUUAUUGAUUCGUACCAUAAUGUUAGCUAA